UCGGGGAGCUGGAGCCAAGCAGGGGCAGCUCCCAAAAAUGACUGGCCACCACAGUUGGGGAUAUGGGCAGGCUGACGGCCCUUCUGAGUGGCACAAAGCUUACCCCAUUGCCCAGGGGAACCGCCAGUCCCCCAUUGACAUCGACUCUGCACGGGCAGUCUACGACCCCAGCCUGCAGCCACUUGUCAUCUCCUACGAGUCCUGCACCUCCCUCAGCAUCUCCAACACCGGCCACUCCGUCAUGGUGGAGUUUGAGGACACAGAUGACAGGACAGCAAUCAGUGGAGGGCCCUUUCAGAAUCCAUUCCGGCUAAAGCAGUUCCACUUCCACUGGGGGACCACACACAGCCAGGGAUCAGAGCACACCAUUGAUGGAAAACCUUUUCCCUGUGAGCUCCACUUAGUACAUUGGAAUGCCAGAAAAUAUGCAACAUUUGGAGAGGCAGCAGCAGCUCCAGAUGGCUUGGCAGUAGUUGGUGUUUUCUUGGAGAUUGGAAAAGAACAUGCCAGUAUGAACAGACUCACUGAUGCUCUGUACAUGGUAAAAUUUAAAGGAACAAAAGCUCAAUUUAGAGGCUUCAACCCUAAAUGUCUCCUGCCCUUGAGUCUAGAUUAUUGGACAUAUCUUGGUUCUCUGACAACCCCACCCCUUAAUGAGAGUGUGACAUGGAUAGUGCUGAAAGAACCCAUCAGAAUCUCUGUGAAACAGCUGGAGAAAUUCCGCAUGCUGCUCUUCACUGGUGAGGAGGACCAGAGGAUCCAAAUGGCCAACAACUUUCGCCCCCCUCAACCUCUGAAGGGGAGAAUUGUUCGAGCUUCCUUCAAGGCCUGAAGAAAACUGACAAUUGUCCUGAGAUAUCCAAGAGCUUCCACAUGUGAGAUACUCUAAACUGAAACUCUGGUCUACAGACCACUCAUGGAACACACAAGACAGGCAUUUCCAUGAACCAUCUCCUUGGAGGAGGACAAUCUUCCAGCUUUCUGUUUUAUUUGAAGUGCUUAUUCUUUGGAGAAAUGGCAUCUCUUUAACCAGCACUAUUUAAUAUAAGGGAUAGCUGAGUGAACCAGGUUGUUAACCAAGACCUGAAACUCCAUAAAAUUAAAAUUAUAUUAAAACUCAAUCUGACAUAAAAUGGAAAAUUGUGAUCUACUACAGCCGAUGGCCACAACCUCUACUUAUCUCAUUUAAUACAUGAGGAAACAGUAACCAAGAAUUUUGGACAAAUAUGACUUAAAUUUUCCUUACUGAUCUGUUGUUACCAUUUGCUGAGCUCUGAUUUAAAGAUUGCUUUCACUUUAUUCUUGCUGCCUGAUGACACAGAGUGUAUGACUAAAAAAAAAUUCUUUACUCGCCUCAAGUAGGCCCUGGUAUGAAAAUUAAAUAUAUAGAAAUAUAUAUUUUUAAAUCUACUGUCCUAAGAUGUUAUCUUACAAUGAGAAGUAACAAUGUAAUGCUGUGUUGAAAAGCAGAGCAGUUUACUGCAAUGUUAUUUAGGUAUUUGUCCUUUCAGCCCACGCAGGACAUGGGACCACGGCGCCCUGGUCAGGGUCAGUUUGGUUGAAGAGUUCUGCUGCAGUGAUCCAGGUGUGUUUUGUGGUCCUCAGAUGCUCAGAUUCUACCUCAGCUCAGUGCUAAGCUCUGCAAUAUGACCUCCUUCAGUGUCUGCCCUACAGAGAGCAGGUAUUCUGUUUCCUUUAGGGAGCUAACAGGGGUAGAUCUGCACUGCUGCACAGACCCUCCCUGCCCCAGGGCUGCCUGGCAGGAUGCUCCCUGCACACACGAGUCUUCAGCGCUCCCGAGUCCUCUUACCUCUGCAAAAGCUGCUUUAGAACAGCCAUGUGUUGGUUCUGCAGCUCAGUGACAAAAUUCUGACUCUGGUACUCAAUACUGUGAUGUUCUCUGUGACUGCCCAUAGUCAAUUCCCAGCUCCUUCAGUUCUGGGCCUCACACGGCGUGUUCUGUCUGCCUAGUUCAGGUAGAAAUUGCUGAUGUUGAUCACUUUCCAUCAGCUGAGAUGGAGAAAUCAAAGAUGUACAAGGCCAAGGGAAGUGGGGAGAAGGGAGAACAGCAGCUGCUGUGGCUGCUCCCCUUUCUCCAGGGAAGGAAGACAUGAGAUGUGGAGCACAGUACAAGGAGUGAACGACUGGAAUUCUGCUCCUCAAAUCUCCAUGGUUUUUCUGGUAAGCUGACCUAAAACUUUGUUUCUCAGUUUCCUCUUUUGUAGGAAGAGGGUAACACUGACCUCUACCUCACAGGGCUGUUGUGAGGGCUAAUUCAGCAUUGUUUUAGAUGUGAGACUCUUAUCCAGCAGAUGCAAAAGGCAAUGAAAAAUCCUUACAAAAUGCAAUGGUUUUAGCUAUUAUGAAUGUAUUAUAAACUUUGCUAGUAAUGCAAACUGGUAUUGUAGAAACUCUAAUGUAUCUUAAUUUCUUUAACAAAUAAAAUAAAUGAGACUUUAAAAUCACA